ACGAUCGGCGCAGCCUCGCUUACUCACUAUGAAAAUGGCCGCUUGAAAAUACGAUCCACGAGUGUUACGUCUGUUUCAUCCGACAUUCGACCAGAAAAUGCGUACUACCAUGGAAUCUUACGUAUCAGCUGACUACUUGGUGAACGCUUUUGUGCAAGAUAUCGCGAAUAACGUUGCUGACCUCAAGACCGGAUUAUUGAUAGGGCAGAGUUGGAACGGCAGGAUUCUGGCGAGAAAGUCGCGCGUCCCGAACAACGUUGAGCUUUGCAAACGAAAACACCAUCACGCCUGCAAAGGCUGUCCUUGUACACUGCCUCAUAACAGUAGUGUCAAAUUUCGAAUAUUGGCUGGAUGUAUAAAGAGUUGCUGAGUAGUGGUGUCCUGCAACAAUGGACCACACUUCCAGAUAUUUGGCAAUUUCAAAAUCCGAAACUUCUGCCACUAAUUACAUAGCUGUCCCAAUUGGAUACCAACUUAAUUUCAAAGCUCACUGGCCCAACAACAUGUACCCAAUACAGAGCCUCGAUCCCUUAAACAAGCAGCAGCUUUUAAGAGAAAGCAUUGACAAGAAUAGCAAAAAUUUCAAUUUUAGCAAAAUGUACUCAACAAAACAGUCACUGGACAAUGACAGCAUGCCGAAAAAGGAAACCCUGUGGCAGAGCCUCUUCAGGAGCGCGACAAAUCUCCUAGGCGAUCAUCUGACACGUGGCACCAGUUCCUUUAUCAAGAACUGGUCGAGCAUGAACAAUCCUCUGUCAGUGACAGUUGUUUCACCGGAUUUCUAUAAGUCCAUACAGCACGAUAAGGAGGACGAGCUGACCAAUUUAUCCGAGGACUCUUACGUCCCAAAAAUGUGGGACAAAGAGUCACAGAGGGUCGGCGAGACGUUACCAAAUGUUUUAUAUGAUAACGAAAGUAUGAGUGAUAGUGCUAAUAGGAGUAAUAGUGAUUCUAGUGAUAGUGACAAACGGUGGAGAGAGUACAAAUGUAUAUUUGUCGAUUUCAAUAAAUUGCAAGAGAAGGACUCAAUGGAACAUGAACAAAUUGUUAAUAAUGUAAAUACUAGCGAUUGCAAGGACGAGAAUUUGAAAUCGUUUUUUAAUAUGGUCGUCGUCGAUGAGAAGGGCUUGACUUUAAAAGAGGACAACGAGGCAGUAAUGAUAGAGAAACCAGGAGAGCCGACACUAAAAGUGCAACAAAAGCAGCCAGAAAAGAUAACAAAACCGCCACAAAAAACGACCAGUGUGACGACAAUGUUGACAAACGCCUACAACAAGGUGGUGGACUACCUGCAGUUGAGUACAACAGAGCUCGAGUCGAAGUUUAAGCCCGAGCCUGAGUCCCAGCCUGAACCCGACCUCGAACUCGAACUCAAACUCGAACUGGAACUCGAAUCCGAAACUGAACCGGAGCCGGAGGCCAAAUCCGAGCCCAGGACUAAGCUCAAGUCCAAGUUCAAGCCCAAGCCCAAGGAUGAGGCCAAACCUGAAUCUGAGCUUGAGCCCGAGCCUGAGCCUCAGCCUCAUUCUGAGCUCGAUCGCAAUCCCAAUCUCAAUCCUGAAUCGGAGAGUCUUGACAUAAUCGAUAUCAUCGACCUCGACCUCGACCUCGACCUCGACCUUGACCUCGACCUCGAUCUCGACCUCGACUUAGACCACACCUCGGAGUCACCCUGUCUGUUUACGAAGCACGGCUGCUCGCCGAAGACGCGGCCCAAAAGACUUCAUGACGUCUCGAGCGGCCGGGGUCGAGGUCGAGCCAAGUCGCAGUUGCGCAGAUCCGGCGUGAGCCAGUCACGACACCGUAAGGAGCGAAACAGGAACGACCAAGCGGCAGACAUCAAGUGCGACAUCGAUAGUUGGGAGGAGCUCGAGUAUCGCACCGAAGACGUGGACGAGGUAGAUCACGUGGCGCCGCAGUCCUGCAACGAGAAGGUCGACCUGCGGCACGUGAUCGACUAUUCUAUCGCGGAUGUCAAGCUCAAGCGCCGCAAGCCUAGGCAGAGCGGCACGAGUGAUCCGCUCGCGUUCGAUAGCACGGACCUGGAGGAGACUCGCUAUCAGAAACCGGCGUUCAGACCAAGAUUGUUGUCGGACAGCUCGGUCGACUCGGAAGACAGCUACUGCAUCGUUUUCGAAGGCGACAGUUGCAGCAACGAUUAUGAUUUUGAGACUGAUGCGGAGAGUUACACUGAAACUGAACAGAUUGAGUCGGACGAUGACGAGGACGACGACGACGACGACGACGACGACGACGACGACGACGAGGAGGAGGUUGAGGAGCUAGAGAAAACGACGAGUGUCGAGCCCAUCGUGGACGUCCUGGUGCAUCGAACCAAGGUACGCUUUAACCCGAUGCCGAUUGUUCACACGAUGAUUCAGUGGAACUACGCCUAUAGAGCCGCUCGUCGUGGCCCCUGGGAGCAAAUAGCGCGAGAUCGGGAGCGAUUUCGCGCUCGCAUUAACUCCAUUGGUCGUGUUCUCGAGCAUGUUCUCGCCAAGCAACAUCGAAUGCACGUCUGGUGCGAGCGCUUCAACGGUUAAGACAUCAGUGUUGUUUAGUGACGGCAAAAGCGAAGAAAACUCAAGGAUUUUAUACGGAGAAAAAUUUGUUAUUUAGCAGUCGAUGGGAUCAAUGAAAUUUGAAAGGGUGUAUGGACGGCCUUGUAAGUAAUAUUUAAACAGUGACUGGUGGUAUCGAGGUGGAGCUGUAUAAUUUAUAACAAGAGAUACGUAAAAAGACUGGAAUGUGAAAUAUUAAUAACAAAAAUUUGUAAAGUGUGAGGAGCUGUGGUGUUCAAAAGUAUAUGUAAAAAGUUGGACUUUGCAGAAGGUGGACGAGCAAUUUUUCAAGUAGCGCAUUUUUUUUUUUUUUUU